UAUGUUGAGACUGAAAAAUUAAAUAUUAAAAAAUUGUUUGUUUACAUUUUGGGAAAUUACCCUGUAUCACGAUAAAAUGAUACUGGAAGAUAUUGUAACGGAUUUACAACAUCUUGAGAAUGAUAUUCAAUUACUUGAGAAUGAGAUCCGUGAACUUGCGGACGAAAAGGCUUUCUUAUUGACAGAGUUACAGCAGUAUGAAAUGGACUUGGGUCCUCGACCCCACCAUACUACUGAAUCUCCCAGUAUACCACCAAUUCUUACUCAUAAUCACUUUGAUAGUAGUAUAUCCAAGUUCUUUGAAGGGCCUGUGCCGUCAGUGACUCAGAGUAGCAAUUUAAUAAAUGGUGGAACUGAUCGUAUAGAAGUACAAGACAAUGUUAUGUAUGAGAGUAUAUUUCGGAUGGGAGGUGUAACUGCCUUCCCAUUGAAUUCGUAUAUAUUAGGUGAUGGCGACAGAUACCUUGGGAUUCGAUUUGAUCUCUAUUCCUCGGUCACUCGAAGCUUUGACACUCCUCAUUAUGCUAUAUUGAAGAGAGUUACUGUGUCUAGUAAAGGUGGAGAUACUACUGCUACUGAUACAGGUAGUGAGACUGCUACUGAGACUGCUACUGAGACUGCUACUGCUACUGCUACUGCUACUGCUACUCAGACGACUGAUGCUUGGUCACUCUACAGACACACCUUACCGAAAUUCUUCAAUGUUGAACAGUAUAUCCCAUACCUCACCGACGUAGAUCUGGGACCAGGCCGAUUUGCCUUUGCUAUACGACGAUUAUUUACUCAACUACAGUACAAAGCAGAUAAACUUAAACAACUCCAACGAUUUACUAUGCAGCACUUUGGAGGUACAUCGUCAAAGCCCAUAGUGACCAUAGUCAAUGACUUACAAUGGCAUAGAGUCAAGUUACAAUUGGGUGGUGGUACCACUACAACCACCACCACUACAACUAUGGAGCUCAUAUGUUCGGAUGAGUAUAUCCAGUCUGUUACAGUAACCUCUCGCCAUCCGCAAGCGUCAGCUUACUGUCUGAGUAUACUAACCAACAGUAAAUUCGAAGAUAUAACUAAGAACUUCCGUACUGUGCUCGAGUAUCUACUCCAGCAUCAGGUGAUAUAGAACAGUAUCUUUUAUAAAACAAAUAAACAAAAUAUAACAAAAUAUAACAAAAUAUAACAUAAACAAAAUAU